AGUGUAAGAGGAGGGGCACAGAUUUGUCAGAACAUAUAAAAAGGGAGGAAAACGAAGGACUGAAGCACUUUUUAAUGCUUUUAUCACGUGUUACGAUGAAGUCAUACGUGCUUCUCUUGGUCCUGCUGCAGUUUCUAUUAUGCACAGGCAUCCCAGUGCACAACUCUGAGCUGGAGUCGAUGGCAGACAGGGGUCUGGGAGCGGCUCUGGCUCAGGUCAACUCUGUUUACGCCGUCAGGUAUCUUUACCGGGUGACUCGAGGCUACGUCACAAGGGUUGUUCCUAUGGGCCAGAGCACCAAUGACCUGCUGAUGACGUUUGGCAUUAAAGAGACAGAGUGUGCAAAGACCUCGAGAAGCGACCCGCAGACUUGUGCUUUCAGGCCUGGGUUCUUUGUGCCCUCCUACUCCUGUUCCUCCCGGGUACGAGUGUCCGCCGCCUCAGCCCAGGUGAUCUCUCUCAGAUGUGGCCGUGAUGGCAGCAGCUCCAGCUCAGAGUCCAGCGAGGAGGUAUUCUCAAGGGGGAGACACCAGUUCAAUGUCCCAUUUGUAAACAGAGCUCCAGCUCCUUCUGCGCCUCCUGUCCAGCCCGGUCGCUCCAUUCAGACCCCAGAACUCCAGCAAAGAGGAGACACUUUCAACAACUUCCUGGUGUGAAACUUCAGCUCACUCCAGAUACAUUUAGGUGCUCACCAGAAGACAAACUUGAAUUAAAAUAUGUUGCUUAUUGUG